AUGAAUUUCGAACUCCCGCCGGAUCUGCAGGCCCAUCUCAACCGCCUUGACGCAUUCAUCAACACCCAGAUCAUACCACUCCAACACCAAGAUGACAACAACAAAUUCUUCGACCACCGACGGGAAUCCUCCCGCACACAGUGGGACAACCAAGGCCUACCCACACACGAAUGGGAAGUCUUACUUGGCAAAGCCCGCAAGCUAGCGGACGAAGCGGGCUUCUACCGGUUCUCAUUCCCCGUCGAGUACGGCGGGUCUGGCAGUGACCAGCAGAAUCUUUAUAUGUGCGCCAUCCGGUAUCACCUGGCGUCGCACCCGGUGUACGGCGGCGGCGUGAGCCUGGCCAACGACCUGCAGAACGAGCACAGCGUGGUCGGAAAUAACCCGAUCAUCAUCAUGCUGCAGCACUACGGCACGCCAGAGCAGCAGAAGAAGCUUAUCCCAGCGAGCAUCAAAGGCGAAUUCCGCGCGACAUUCGGCCUGACAGAGAUCCAUCACGGCUCUGAUGCGACGCACAUGGACACGACAGCGUCGCCAGUCACACUGGCCAACGGCGAGCCCGGCUACGAAAUCAACGGCAACAAGAAAUGGCAAACGGGCAUGCACAGCGCGACACACUGUCUGGUGUUCGCGCGCACAUCGGGCAAAGCAGGCUCGCCGCGCGGGAUCACCGCGUUCAUCGUGCCGCGGGAAACGCCCGGCGUGGAAGUCGCGUCGUACCAGUGGACACUGAACAUGCCCACCGACCACGCGACGGUGCUGUUCAAGGACGUGCGCGUGCCGGCCUCGGCGGUGCUGGGCCCGCUGGAUAAUGGGCUGGCAAUCGCGCAGACCUUCACGCAUGAGAACCGUAUCCGGCAGGCGAGCUCGAGCUGCGGCGCGGCCAAGUACUGCAUCGAGCGGAGCGUCGAGUAUGCCAACGGCAGGAAGGUGUUCGGCAAGCCGCUGAGCUUGAACCAGGCCAUCCAGUGGCCGCUGGUCGAGCUGGCCACGCAGGCCGAGAUGCUGCGCCUGCUUAUCCUGCGGACUGCCGUUGAGAUGGACCAGGUCACUGCGGCGGCGAAGACGGCGGGCAAGGCGCCCUGGGUGGCGAUCGAGAAGCAGUUGGGCCACAAGAUCGGGAUGUGCAACUACUAUGCCAAUCGCCUGUGCACCCAGGCUGCGGAUCGUGCGAUCCAGGUCCAUGGUGGCGUGGGCUAUUCCAGGCAUUUUCCGUUCGAGCAUAUCUGGAGACAUUUCAGGAGGUAUCGGAUCACGGAAGGGAGUGAAGAGGUGCAGAUCAGGAAGGUCGCUGCGUACCUGUUUGGGUAUAAAACCACGGGAGAGGAAGCGGAGAAGAGUGAGGCCAAGCUGUGA